GAAUAUAAAAGGCACGACGGAGGCCAAAUAUCGUAUAUUUUGGCGAGUAGGCUCAAGACCAACACAAUGUUACGGACUUUAUGCGGAAUUGCUCUUUUUGUUGUAACUGUUUCUGCAUUUCCAAAUCUUCAAGAAAGAGCCGAAUCAUGCACCACAGCAGCCGAUUGCGCUAACGACACUUGCAAAGAUCACCCAGGAAAUGUAAUCUGCGCCAUUCAUCACGGAGAUACCGGCGUGUGCCAUUGUGAGCAUCACCACCACACACCACAUCCCCACCCCGCCAUCCGAGCUGAAACUUGCACCACAGCAGCCGAUUGCGCUAACGACACUUGCAAAGAUCACCCAGGAAAUGUAAUCUGCGCCAUUCACCACGGAGAUACCGGCGUGUGCCAUUGUGAGCAUCACCACCACACACCACAUCCCCACCCCGCCAUCCGAGCUGAAACUUGCACCACAGCUGCUGAUUGUUCUAACGACACCUGCCAUGACCAGCAGGGAAAUGUCGUCUGUGCCAUUCACCACGGAGACACCGGCGUGUGCCAUUGUGAGCAUCACCACCACACACCACAUCCCCACCCCGCCAUCCGAGCUGAAACUUGCACCACAGCAGCCGAUUGCGCUAACGACACUUGCAAAGAUCACCCAGGAAAUGUAAUCUGCGCCAUUCAUCACGGAGAUACCGGCGUGUGCCAUUGUGAGCAUCACCACCACACACCACAUCCCCACCCCGCCAUCCGAGCUGAAACUUGCACCACAGCAGCCGAUUGCGCUAACGACACUUGCAAAGAUCACCCAGGAAAUGUAAUCUGCGCCAUUCACCACGGAGAUACCGGCGUGUGCCAUUGUGAGCAUCACCACCACACACCACAUCCCCACCCCGCCAUCCGAGCUGAAACUUGCACCACAGCUGCUGAUUGUUCUAACGACACCUGCCAUGACCAGCAGGGAAAUGUCGUCUGUGCCAUUCACCACGGAGACACCGGCGUGUGCCAUUGUGAGCAUCACCACCACACACCACAUCCCCACCCCGCCAUCCGAGCUGAAACUUGCACCACAGCAGCCGAUUGCGCUAACGACACUUGCAAAGAUCACCCAGGAAAUGUUAUCUGCGCCAUUCACCACGGAGAUACCGGCGUGUGCCAUUGUGAGCAUCACCACCACACACCACAUCCCCACCCCGCCAUCCGAGCUGAAACUUGCACCACAGCAGCCGAUUGCGCUAACGACACUUGCAAAGAUCACCCAGGAAAUGUAAUCUGCGCCAUUCACCACGGAGAUACCGGCGUGUGCCAUUGUGAGCAUCACCACCACACACCACAUCCCCACCCCGCCAUCCGAGCUGAAACUUGCACCACAGCAGCCGAUUGCGCUAACGACACUUGCAAAGAUCACCCAGGAAAUGUAAUCUGCGCCAUUCACCACGGAGAUACCGGCGUGUGCCAUUGUGAGCAUCACCACCACACACCACAUCCCCACCCCGCCAUCCGAGCUGAAACUUGCACCACAGCUGCUGAUUGUUCUAACGACACCUGCCAUGACCAGCAGGGAAAUGUCGUCUGUGCCAUUCACCACGGAGAUACCGGCGUCUGCCAUUGCGAGCACCACCACCACACACCACAUCCCCACCCCGCAGUCAGAAACGACAAAUGUUACAAUGAUACUGAUUGUUCACCGACUACAUGUCACGGUCAGGAUGGGAUUAUAACCUGUGAAAUCCAUCACGAAGGUCAUGCAGGAAUAUGCCAUUGUGCACAUGUACAAUACUCGUUUGAAGAUGAAAAUGAUGAGUAAGGAACACUCUCUACAUGUAGAUCAACUAUUACAUUUCUCAUUUUAAAAUAUAUAUCUAAUUCAUAAUACUAUUAUACACUGUAUAGGUUUUUCUUUGUUAAGUUAUAUAUGUGUUUUCUGUUUUGUCUGUACAAUAAAUUGUGCUUUUAACGAGA